AUGAGCACCCUAUAUGACAGGCUACAAAGCAUUGAAAAGGAGAUCGAUAGGCUAUGCCUGGGCAGGAAGCUGAAUAUAGAGGCUGAGUAUCUCAAAAGAAUCAAGUGCAAGAAGUUUCUGAGAUGCUAUGUUAGGGUUGGGAUGAAGAGGGGCGUGUUCAUACGCCUUGACAGUAGGGUGAUCAAUGACUACAAAAAUGGGGGAGAAAUGAAGUUUUCUGACGUUGUAAAAAGGCUCUGCAUUGUAUUUGAUAGCAACCUUCCUUCAACGACCGAUAUCCAUGCUAAGCUGUCUAGCGAGACGGGUGGGCGAGACGGAGCUACGGAGGAGAUUCCUAGAGAUGACUGGGGUAGGUCAGAUUCCAUGCACGCCAAAGACGUAUCUAUGGAAGACUUCUUCGAGUGGACGAAACACAGUGGAGAUACGGAGGCACUUGAGGUGAGUAGCGACAGAACUCCGAGCAACAUAAAACUGAUCUUUGAUCUUGAGAACCCACGAGAAAUCUUUAGACUGUCUACAAAACUGGGCAAUCUUCUGAUGAGGUACACAGACACAAAGCCAAACGUGGUAACACACCUGUGGAGGUAUGUAAAUAAGAAUGGGUUGAUGUCUAUUGAUUCAGACGUAGUCGAAUGUAACCCGCUGCUAAAAGACAUUCUUGGGGUAGACAGAUUCUCCUUUCCGGAACUUCCUGGUCUCGUGGUGCCCCAUCUGUGCCCUCUGGACUACCUAGUGGUUGACAUUCCUCCUAUUGAUGGCCAUACAGAGAUUUUCGAUAUCCCAUUCGAGUGGGACGACCUAUACCAAUGUCCCACCCUUUACACCAAGAGAAUCCAUGCUCUUGAUAGAAAGGUGGAGUCUCUUAAGCAACUGCUGAAGAGAUGUGAGGAAAGAGAGAAUGUUUUGAAUGAAUUCGAAAAAGACCCCGUGGCAUUUAUCAACAGAUGGAUAUGUAUUGACAUGAGUGACGCAUGUCACAGGGCAUCUCUUUUCCGCAACAAGGAUGUGCAGGAGAAGGUCUUUGAGUUGCUUAAGAAAUUAGAGUAG